CAACGCAACUUCAGUCGUUCGCGAUCAUUUGGAUUAAACGUACACGGGGUUCUAUCCCCCAUCGAGUUAUGACACGCGCGAUUUAACGGAGUUUGUCAAUACAAAGAUCGUUAACGGGAUUCACUGCUAUUGGAGUUUUAUUUAAACGUUGGAAGAAAGCCAUCGACGAGCGGUCAUGUCGUCACCCAACAACGAGCCGCUUCCCCCGGAGUCGAACUCGGAUCACGAGCUGCCGUCCAAGUUCGCGACUGUGGACAUGCCGUCGGUCCAAGACGUCAUCUACUCUCUGCAGAACUUCGGCAUAGUCGACUACUCGAUCUUCGUGGCGAUGCUGGCGGCGUGCGGCUGCAUCGGCGUGUACUUCGGCUUCUUCAAGCGGUCCCGUGGUGAGGACGAGUAUCUGGUGGGCGGUCGCAACAUGAAGACCUUUCCCGUGAGCAUGAGCCUCAUCGCGAGCUUCAUCUCGGGGAUCUCGUUGCUCGGCACGCCCACCGAGAUCUACAUGCACGGCACCAGCUACCUCUGCAUCGGCUUCGGCGUCGUCCUCGUCGGCUUCAUCAUGUCCAACGUCUUUCUGCCGGUCUUUCACGACCUUCGACUGACCAGUACCUACGAGUACCUGGAGAAGAGGUUCGACAAGAAGAUCCGGAUUCUGGGAUCCGUCCUCUUCGCCAUCGGCAUCAUCACAUGGCUGCCGAUCGUCAUCUACGUGCCGGCGCUCGCUUUCAAUCAAGUGACCGGAGUGAACAUCCAUGUGGUCACGCCGUUCGUAUGCGUGGUCUGCAUCUUCUACACGUGCGUGGGUGGACUGCGCGCGGUGGUGUGGACGGACUUCGUCCAGAUAUUCAUCAUGUUCGGCGCCAUGAUACUCAUCGUGGUCAAGGGCACGUCCGACCUCGGUGGCUUCUCCACGGUCCUGCGACGGAACUUCGACUCCGGCCGCCUCGAGUUACCCACUGCCGACUGGAGUCCUCUGACGCGGCACACCAUCUGGUCGCUCGUCGUCGGCGGCUGCGUGCACUGGCUGCAGAUAUCCGCCAUCAACCAGAACAUGAUCCAGCGCUACCUGUCGCUGCCGAGCGUGGAGCACGCGAGAAGAGCUCUGUGGACCUUCAUCGUCGGAGUGCUACUGCUGAUCGGCACCUGCGGCUACGCCGGGAUGCUGGUCUACGCCUGGUAUCACGAGUGCGACCCCCUCACGACGAAACUCGCCCGAGCCAAGGACCAGCUGCUGCCGCUGCUGAUGAUGAACGUGCUGCGCGACCUGCCGGGACUGCCGGGACUGUUCGUCGCCGGCGUGUUCAGCGCCGCUCUCAGCUCGCUGUCCACGGGGCUCAACUCGAUGGCCGCCGUGGUGCUCGAGGACUUCGUCAAGCCGUUCCGCACGCGCCCGUUCAGCCCCAAGACCGUGGACCGGCUCAUGAAGCUGACCGUGCUCGUGCUCGGCGUGCUCUGCACCUGCCUCGUGUUCGUGGUCGAGAAGACCGGCUCGCACGUGCUGCAGCUGUCGAUGAGCUUGAGCGCCAUCACCAGCGGACCUUCGCUCGGCGUGUUCGCCAUGGGCGUGCUACUGCCGUGGAUAAACGCCAACGGCGCCCUCGUCGGAGGCCUCAGCGGCCUCUCCUUCAUGGGCUGGAUCAGCUUGUCGGCCGAGGCCGCGAUCGCCAGCGGCAGAAUCCGGUUCGACGAGAAGCCGGUGAGCGUGGAGGGCUGCACCUACUCCUUCCAUCAGGCCGAGAACCUGCUGCUGCUGCUGCCGCCCGAGACGCUGCUCAACGAUCCCGAGGAAGGUGAGCCCUGGGCGGUUUAUCGGCUGAGCUACCUGUGGUACACCGUAGCCGGCACACUGGUGACCAUGAGCGUGGGCUUGAUGGUGAGUAUCGUCUCGUCGGAGAACAUUGACAAGCUCGACCCAGCACUGGUUGCCCCCUUUGUACGCAAAUACCUCGCCAGGCAACCGGCUCUCCAACAAGUCGAGGUCAUGCGAACGGAUCACCAGCACGAGGAGAACAACAGAAGUUCAACGGCGCUCUAGCAUUCCAUCGAUUUUUUUUUGUUACAAAAAUUAAGUGGAAAGGAGAUGAAUUGAGUGAUAAAGAAGAAUGGAUAAGUUAAAACUAGGAAUCUAUUUGGGUAAUGUUGUUGCUUAGUCUUCUUUUCUUAACAUGCACAUUUGCCUUGGGGAUUACAUAUCGUAGAUUAUAUAUUAAAAAUAUAUAGAGUUGUUAUCCGCGUAAUAACACGACUCCUCGUGUGUGAUACUUUUUUUUCGGAAACACUAUUUUUUACAUACACUACGUUUGUUAUUGCAAUCAAGAGUUAUCCCAUAUUCCACAUAGUUACGUGUAAUUGUUUUACGACUAAUACGUUAUAUAAGUACAUAUAUAUAAUAACGCGUAAAAAAUAUUGCUGUAUGCCGUUUUGAUAUAUUAAAAAGGCAAGUGUUUGUUUACUGGCGGUGCUUGUAUAAAUGCAGAUUGUUUUUUUCUUCUUAAUACUUAUGGCUCAAAAAUCGCACCUUCGUUAUAAUUUUUUUUUAUCAGUCCAUCCUCGAGCACACAUAGUACGUCACUACAUAUUUGUAUGAAUUAAUGUAUGACAACUGCAGUAGUAAAAUGAAAUGUUGCACGUAGGCAAAGAAGCUCCACGCGAAAUCAAAGCUUCUUUUGUCAUUCCUACGGCUUACUUUUGUGACUGGAUUUUCUUUCUGUACAGUGUAUAAAAGGAAAUA